AUGGGUAUUCUAGCUUUGGAGCCUCAUUCCCGAUUGGCCGCCCCAGAUUCUCCUCCCGGGCUGGUUAGCCCUUCUUCAUCCUCGUACUCCUCCAGACCGUCUCCUCCCGUGGAAAAGCUUUGGAACGCCAGAUUCGGCCCCCUCUCUCCUCCUAUGUCCAACUACGAGCAUGGCUCGACGGCCGAUAUGUCCACUGUAGGCAAGAGUCAUGAUGACGGCUCGAGCCGUAAGAAUUCGGCACAGAGUGCCCCUCGGCAGCAACUACCAUCAUUGAGCAGCUUGUUUGGGCCCCCGUCCUCAGUCAGGCCUUUGCACUCCCCAUCGUCCGACCGCCCCGGUACAUACCCGGCAACAUCUCCCCUGGACUGGCCUCGCAUGUCACAGCCUCAGGGCGACCGUUCGUACGCCGCCUCGUACUUCCCUCCGCAGGAGACUUCACCGACCAUGUCCCAGCCGCGGAGUACCUAUGAUGCGAGAUACGACCAUGAGAGGCAGGCGCUGCAUGGGCUGUCUCGUUCGUUCUCAGGGUCUGGGUCUCCAAGGUACCGUGAGCCGGAACACCCACGCCCGGAAUCCAGAUCCGACAUUGGCUUGGGUAGCAGUAAGUGGUCGAUGCACAACGAGGCGGGAAAACACGAGUACGCCCUGGUGUCUAGAGAGAGCCAUCCUUCACUCCGGGCCACGCAUGACAGAAUGUCGUACCAGUAUCCCAGCAACAAAGACGCGGGGUCCUCCUACCGAGACCACCGCCCCUCGUCCGGGUCCAGCUUAAUGCAGGCAUCGGCACAAGUCAGUACCUCGAGCUCCGAAGGGAUCCCGUCAAAGGAUGGUCUCGGCCCCAAGAUCUGGACGGGAACCCACUUUCUCCCCCGGUUCGUCCGUGCCGCCGAGGUGCCAGGGGAGGGCAUGUGCUACUUUUACGACGAUGGCAGCCACUGCAAGACUGUCAUUGACGGCGAGGCUGUCAAUGCCCACUGGGGCGUGACCAAGGCCGGAAAGCCAAGAAAGAGACUGGCGAUUGCAUGUGUCACCUGCAGAGAGAAGAAGAUCAAGUGCGACCCCGACUAUCCCCGCUGCGUGCAGUGCGAGAAGUUUGGACGGAUCUGCAAGUUCAAGAACGCGAGUUGGGUUGACAGACCACGAGGCGGCCACAAUACGUCUCCAUCAACGCCCCCCGCUGAACCGGAAGACAUGAGGCGUAUGGGGGGCUCGGCCAACCCGAACGAUAUGCACCGUCCUGGUAGUAAUUCCAGCGCCUCUGUUUCCCCUCGUACCACGUACCGCCAGCCGAGCCCGGAGCCCUCGAUGCCUCACAAGAGGAUGCGACUCGGCUUCGACUCUUCCUCCUCGAUGAGGGACGAACCUCCUAUGUCUUUUGGCGAGACGGCCAAUACAAGCAUAUCCUGGCAGCACCGUCAGCCAAUUGAGCUUCCUCGUAUUCACGAGAAUGUGCUGAACCGAGCAUGGCAAUCAGAUCCGUACGUCUCCGACCCUCAGUCAAUUAACACCGUAAUCUCUUCCUUCUUCGUACACACCGACAGCACCAUGGCCCUUCGUUUUUUGCCCGAGACAGCGUUCAAAUCCUGGGUGAUCGAUAAUGCUCAUACAAAGUCUCCAGAAGACCUGAUGCUCACCUAUAGCAUCCUCGCCGUCGGUGUCGCCUUGUCGGGCGGGCUCAAGAGAGUCGCCCACGAAUACGCCCAAGUCGCCCGCUAUGCGCAACAUCGCGCUGCCUCGGGUCUACAACUCGUGCAAACUCGGCUCUUGCUAGCCCUCUACUACCUGUCCAUAUCGGACCCGGACGAAGCAAACGCCAUGUCGAGUGCGGCGAUCUCGAUGGCUACGUGUCUGCAGCUGAACUUGGAGCUCGACAAAUCGAUCAACGCGCAUCUGACCGUGUUCCCGUAUGGCUUAGCCAGAGCGGCUUAUUCGGAAAGCAGGAGACGGACGUACUGGGCAUGUUUCGUACUUGAACGACUGAACGGCAUGUUCCCGAACCGGUUAAGCACUCUCGACGCCAGAGACAUCUUUAUCCGGUUACCGUGUGAAGCGGAAGUGUUCGAAAAGCAGGAGGAGUCGCAGACUCCAUUCUUCUCUGCAAAUCCGUCCAGCUCGUCCAAGCUUGUCGACACGCCAUUGUCGUUGUCGGCCUAUCUUGUCCAGCUAGUCAGCCUUUGGGCAGAGGUUAUGUCUAGCAUAUACAGAGUCGCCCAGGGCGUUCCUUUGGAUAGAGAUACCGCCCCUUUUAUUGAGAGCACUAGGGGGAGGUUCAUCAAGUGGCAGGAAUCCCUUCCCGAGCGAUUCACCUAUAGCGCUGAUAACAUGGAACUGGCUGCUCAGGAUGGGACUCUCAGCACAUUCCUCACAGUCCAUCUCCUGCACCAUCAUGGACUGAUUAAACUUCACCGGCACAUGUGCACUUCGGAGCGGCUAUCCCCGGCGGACCGAUUGCAAUACUUGUGGCGAGUAUGCGAAGAGUCGAGUCGAGUUUUGGACAUGACGAGCGCGUUGGAGGUGCUGCUUCAGGCCCGGCGAACUCCGCUGAGCGCGCCUCCGCCGUUCAUGAGCCACGUUAUCCUGGAAGCCGCAGACGUGGUCACUGCCGAGGGCGCCUUGUCGGAAGUGUCAGUCCUUUUAGACCGAUUGGCUGUCGCAGGCGCCGUUAUCGACGCCGCAAGUACGGUUUGGGAAGAGGCACGAGCCCAUCGAGCCGCCCUCGAGCAUCGACGGGAUGCCAUCAGGAUUCUACAGGGCAGCCAGCCCGGCGAUGCGCCCUCGACCGGCGGCAAGGUUUUCAUCAACGACGACGAGGAAAAGGACAUUAGGCGACUGCCUCUAGGAAAGUGCUGGCAGAUGGAGGAGCCAAUGGAUACGAUGUUUGGCAGAUUCGCGGACAUUGUAUACACACGGGGUUGA